CGGACCGCCAAAUGUGUUCCGGAGCCCGAAAGAUGGCGGCGUUUCGUGCGCGACCUCGGCGACGGGGCUUGCCUGUCCGGGGGCUCUAGGACCGCGUGGGAUCUCCAUCGUCGGAGGCUGAGGGGUGAGGAUAACCUAGAAACGCGCUCGUUCGCGGAAUGUGCGAUCCCGAGCCCUCAGGAAGGACCCGACGCCCGCUCGCCGCAGCCUAACCUCGCACCGCGCCGAGUCGCGGACGAACUCCGGGGCCCAAAAGUCCCUGAGGCGGACCCGGCGAGGCCCGAGCGGGCCCCGCGUGCCGCCCCGGCCGAGCGGCGCAUCCGGAAUCGAGUCCGGGACAAGGGGGCCCGCCGCCGCGACCCUGGCCCCGCGGGACCCCUCGUAGACAUGCUCAAGCAACUGCAGACGGGGAUGAGAGCCUUCCUCCUGAUGGCAUCCCGCGUGUGGACAUGCGUCUGCUUUCUACUGAAGAAGCAGGUUAGAGCCAUCUCUCAAAUGCAGCCGGUGAAAUACGAGAUCUUCCCGCUAUCUCCACUGUCAAGGCAUAGGCUUAGUAUAGUUAAAAGGAAGGUGUUGGUGCUGGACCUGGAUGAAACCUUGAUUCAUUCGCACCACGACGGGGUGGCAAGGCCAACGGUCAGGCCUGGCACUCCUCCAGACUUUGUGUUAAAAGUGACAAUAGACCGACAUCCGGUCCGAUUCUUCGUUCAUAAGAGGCCCCAUGUGGACUUCUUCUUGGACAUUGUUAGUCAAUGGUACGAACUGGUCGUCUUCACGGCGUCCAUGGAGAUCUACGGUGCAGCCGUUGCAGACAAGCUGGACAACAAUCGGGGUAUCCUGAGACGCAGGUACUACCGACAGCACUGUACACCAGAGAUGGGUUCCUACACCAAGGACCUUGCAGCUAUUUGCUCGGAUUUGGCGUCGGUCUUCAUCCUGGAUAACAGUCCUGGGGCCUACAGAGCCUAUCCACACAACGCCAUACCGAUUAAAUCAUGGUUCAGUGACGCAGGUGACACGGCACUGCUAAGUCUCCUCCCAGUCCUGGACGCGCUGCGCUUCACGCAGGACGUGCGUUCCGUACUCUCUCGGAACCUACAUCUGCAUCAUACCUGGUAGCAAUAGUUCCACUCUCGAGGAAACCACCCAGAGUUAGACUAGAAGUCGAGCUGCUAACGAUUUAGUGUGUCUAGCCUAGGAUUAUGACUGUUACACUAAUAUAAAAGCCAGGGACGUUGAGACGCUACCCAAGGUAAAAAAAAACGAGCCGAACAUCUCGGACUCUCUAAAGAAUGGUCUGCAAGAGCCAGAAAGGUUAUGGCUUAUCGGUAAGUCAUGGUCAGUCAUAAAGUAAUCGGUGUGAUGUGAAAGCAAGCAAAGCUCGUUCUCCACACUUAACAAUGGCAUCAAUUUUGAGGUGAGGUCAUAGACCGUUCAUAAAUUCAAUGCUCGAUGGGAAUUGAGGUCAUGUCAAGCACACUACAGAGGGGAACCGGGGCAACGUCAACCACUACUUAUGUCAGCACAAAGCAUCCUAGUGUCAUUCCAUCAAGUCAUUACUUAUACAAUGUCUUUUGUUCGCCUGACAUCGAUGGGAUUCCCUCGCUCAAAUUGUCGGAGACUCGGUAGCGUCUCGAAUCCAUUAAUUUUAAUUCCUGAAACCGCGUCAGCGGCACUUUUAGGUAGAUUCUGUGGUGAUUGCCGGUCCACCGGGGUGGACUGUCGCGGAGACUCGCAGCAUUCGUUGUAAAGACAAUUCAAAUAAUCAUUAAUUCAUUAUCGCAUUUGAUAUUUACAAUAAUUGAGCCAGGAUUGAAAAUUCUAAGGAUUGGAACAGCAGCUAAUUAUGUUGUAUUAUUAAUUGCACAUUAUUUAAUUAUCACUGGUCUUCGGUUAAUCAGCUGUUGUUUUGACUUGACUAUUGGACAGAAUGAGUGGAAAUUAUUCACUGUGUGAAUUAUUAGUUGCAACCAAUACUGCUUGUCUCUAGUUCAUAAAAAUGUCAGCGUGUAAUUACUUGGCCAACAAUCGGUGAGUGACCUAGGAUGGCUGAGAACCGAUGUACUAAGUCAGGCUCGCGAGAGAGAGAAAGAGGGGCUUUGCUGUAACUUACUGUAUCAGUGAGGCAGCAGUCCUAAGUACACAUCUAAUCUAAUGAAGAGUAUUAAUAAAUAUUACUAAACAACGGAAUUACUGUCUUUGUUGGACUUUUGCUGGUGACUCGAUCGACAGAAAAGUAACAUCGGAGAAGCUGCCAAAACAGCUUCGCUGUCUAACUUCUUACAUACAAGCACAGGAUGAAUGACUUUGCCGAAAGAACUUUCCAUCAACCAAUUAUGCUCCUAUAAACAAUUUUACGAACACUAUUCCCUUGUUAAAUCAAUUAUAAAAAACAGAAUUUACAAUAAGCAAAGUUAUUGUCUCUACUUUGGUGUCCUCAGAAAUUAUUACCGAUGCCUAAUGAAGCGGUUCGUCAGCGAAGCUGAACCCUUUGUGCAGUUGUCUGACAGGAUUGGUGCACUAUAGACUAUUGACAUUGCAUGGUUUGUACAUAUUAGAACCGCCAAGUGUACAUGUAACUUGUAAGGAGCGACUGAUUCUCGUUGGAGUGUGCGAUCUUCGAUUAUGUCAUAAGUGGGGAUAUAUAUAGCAGAAAUACAUAUAAAUUGAUUAUUUGCGCGAGCUAUAUAUACAUAUACAUGCAUUAAAUUGGCUAAGUCUAAUAUAUAUGUAUAUAUAUUAAAUUUAACGAAUCCUUAAUAUAACAAUAAGAUUAUCGAAGUAGCCAAGAAAACUUCGAAGCUAGUGAGGAGGGAUUGAUCGAAGCUGGCAAAGCUUUUCCCUCUUCAGUUGAUGCGAAGAAAAAACUCAACGAGAGUGAACCUUCUUACUGGAAACUACUUAUUAAUUGAUGCACUCAGAUUGUGUUAUUACGCUGAAUCUUAUCAUGUUACACUGUCCUGGAGCGUACUUUGGUUAGAAGUGAUGGGUAGUUUCGGGCCAUGGGCUCGAUUCUCAUUGAAUAUGUAGGAAUAAUGCUGUUUGACAUACGUAUAUGGAUAUGUACGUGUACAAAGAUCGUUUGAUUAGUUUUGUGUGUGUCAAAGGUGCAAAGCCCCUGUCUUGGUUUUUCUUAAGAUACUGUGUGUACAUAUAUAUGUAUAAAUUAUAUUUUGCAGUGGCUGCAGGUGGGACUCUCUUUUUUUUUUGUACAGCCACUUGUCAUGUCAGUCAAUCUAUUGAACACUAUUGGAAUUAUUAUUAAAUUUAUAAACUCUCUAUAGUCAUGGUUAUGUGCAGUUUCAUGUUCACCUUUACACCGCACCGAAGAAAGCUAAUGAUAUCAAAUAAAAUUGAUUUCAAGAAAAA